AGUUGCCUCUGUAACCAUAGAAGAAGCAGGUUAGCCAUUCGCAAUCUGCCAUUCAAAAACGUGUCGCAACUCCUGUGACAUCCAAACUUCUGAUAACUACUAUUUUAAGGUUGACAAGUUUAUUGCAAAGUGACACUCUUCUGCCUUUGACAUGAUGUUGGACAGGACCAAUCAGUGUUUACAUGCCGAUAUUCACUUGCCAUAAGCCACAGUUGCAUGCACCAUCUUUCCUAUACUGCAAGCUCAUCGAUUUGCCAAUGGACUAGGCCUGUAGUAAUUUCAUCUCCGCUGCUCCCGCAGAAGGGCCCCGCAGUGCUUCAAUCAGCAGCAGUUUAUACUGAGCAGUUCCUCCAAUCAGUUCGUGAACCGGACCCAACCCUUCGGCUUGGAGAUGGAUGAAGAAGUCUCAACACCGAGAAAGACGAUGGAAUCGUGUGGAACUCUGUCGACCGACGACGAACCCUCUCAAUCCGGCGCUUCCCCAUCAACGGUUAAACAACAUCCUCUCCAUCUCGCACUGGAGCGGGCCUCUUCGACGACACGCUUUCAGCGGAGCGGUGGUGGCGCUGUCGUCUACGGUGGACUCUACUUGCCGUCUCUGCAAAACGGAUUGAGCGGUAGAUUUGAAAAUCAACCUCUUGAAUCAGCUUAUCAACGAUAUUCACAUCGGCAGCGUCAAAAGUCAUUCAUCGUCGUCAACGGAGUCGAUGUAGCACUCAAGAUCAUCGCCGUCAUUCUCAUUUCCACCCACUACAGCAGUUCGUCCGUGAACAGUUCCGUCCCUUGUUCUAUCGACUUAAAUUCGUCUAUCAGUUCGUCCCCGUCAGACUGCAAUUCUAAAGCAUCGGGAGCCAGUAUGGUUCACUCACACGGAGAGUACCCAACGGAAACGGUGACGUGGACUUCGUGCUUGAUCGUCGUCAACGUUCUACUUUGUUUAUUAGCCUUUUGUUGGAAAUGCUUUGCCAACAAUUACCUUCAUUGGGCUGCACUGGCUACCUGGCUACUCAUGAAUUUACAAGUUCUCGUAGGUCUUGAUUUCGACGGCAUCGGCGGCGAUGCUGGGAAGAGCAGCGAACUGGAAACGGCAAGCUCGGAACUCACGACGCAUAUGGCGUGGUACAUUUUAUUCAUCAUUUUUGCCACUUACGCCAUGCUUCCCUUACCACUUCUGUGGUCCGCGUCAGCCGCAGGAGCCACGGUCGUCAUUCAUUUAACUUGCUUCUUUGUGGCCCAUUCCGUCCGCAUCGCCAGUAAUUCGUCGCCCUGGGAGGAUUGGUAUUGCAUCGCGAUGAGUGGUGGCGCGGAUUUGGUUUUGUAUGCAGCCAUGAAUUUCGCUGGUCUGUACGCCAAAUUCUUGACGGAUCGGGCCGGUAGAAAAGCGUUUCUAGAAACACGAAGAUCUCACGAAAUGCGAUGCAAAGCUGAGAAGGAGAACGAUAAACAAGAGAAACUUUUAUUAUCAGUAUUGCCCCGCUUUGUUGUUAUGGAGAUGAUUCGGGAUUUCGCUGCUGAAGAAGACACCGAGAAAAGUGGUGGCAAUGGAAACGCAAUUAGUUCAAAAUUAGUGGCAACUCCAGAAGUGUCUGGUGCCAUUCCAGCGCCAGCAGCUGUUCCGCAAUUUCACAAGAUUUAUUUGCACCGUUACGAGAACGUUUCCAUUCUUUUUGCUGACAUCAAAGGUUUUACUGAACUGGCGAGUCAAUGUAGCGCUCAGGAACUAGUGCGUGUACUGAACGACCUUUUCGGCAAAUUCGACCGUUUAGCUGAAGAAAAUCACUGUUUGCGAAUCAAAUUGCUCGGAGAUUGCUACUACUGCGUAUCAGGGCUUCCCGAAGCCCGAUCGAAUCAUGCAAAUUGUUGUGUGGAAACUGGGCUAGACAUGAUCUGCGCCAUACAAUUCGUUCGACAGAAGACCCAGGUCGAUUUGAAUAUGAGGAUUGGCAUUCAUUCUGGUUCUGUCCUUUGCGGCGUCCUUGGUGUCUACAAAUGGCAGUUCGAUGUAUGGUCUUUUGACGUCACCCUGGCCAAUCAUAUGGAAUCGGGAGGUAUUCCUGGACGAGUUCACAUUUCAAAAGCAACGCUGGAUUGUCUAUCUGAUACUUACGACGUUGAGCCCGGCCAUGGUGAUACCCGAGACGUUUACCUUAAGGAACACAAAGUGGAAACGUAUUUGAUUGUAAAAAAGCGACGCAUCAAAAAACCUCCGAAAGAUGAACAGCACAUCCGUCCGUCUGUGGAUCGCACUGGUUGCUGUCGUACUGGAAUUCUUGAAUCCUGGAUCGAAGAAGAAGAAGAGGAGCAUUCCCUCAAGAGGAAAACAGGUCAACUGGUAAAUGCUGCCAGCAGCGCUAGACCUUCGUUAGGAGGAGUUUCGGUGGGUGCUAUUUCAAGCCCCGAAACAUCCGUAUUGAUCAACGAUUCAGCUGACUGGUCCCCUGAAAUACCUUUCGAAAACCUCGACAUUGGUGGCCUGGACGAUGACGAUGAUGAUGGCCAGACAUCGUUCAACAAUACUUUCGAUCUCGUCGAUCAAGACUCCCAUCAGCUCAAGUUGUCAAAUGCUACGUCGAUCCAUCAAUUUGGAUCUACCUUGCCUAAUCUACUGAGCGAUGGAGCUUUAAACAGCGAGUGCGAACCAUCACCAACGUCUUCCGUUCGUCGACAGGAUUCCCCUUGCAAUCGCGGAGGCUCGCGAAGGGUCAGAAUAGCGGCGCCGGAAGCCGCAUUGUUGAAUCUUCAGGAGGAGGUCGAUCAGCUGAUGGAUCAUUCGAUUGAGAUUGAUUCGAACAAGAAGAUACGCAAUGAGCAUGUCCAUCCGUUGACUCUUCAGUUCUUGCGACCCGAUAUGGAAUCCACCUUUUGCAAUAUGCGGGAAGAUGUCUUCAAAUCCAACGCUUUCUGCGUCUUCAUCGUUUGGAUAAUGCUUGCCUCGUCACUUCUAAUUGUAAUGCCAAAAACGACUGGAUUGUUGGUCACGUUAGUAGCUGCAACACUCAUGUUAGCAUCUGCUCUCCUCCUUGCCGUGGCGGAAGAAAUGCCGUGGCUACCGGACAGCUGGAUCCGACACGCGUCCAAAGAAUUAGCCCGUAAGCGAACUUUACGCAAUUUGUACAUCUGCUUCGUCGUCGGCAUCGUUUUCAUAACCACCGUAGUUAAUAUGGUUCUUUUUGCGGAUUACAUGAGACAUCUGGAUACCGCCCCGUCAAACAACCAGUAUUAUGUGGAAAAUAGCGAAAAUUGCUCGGCGAUGUCAAAGCAAUUCAAUUAUACGAAACAGCUAAAUCUUGUUAUCAACGAGUUACACCACAAUGCUUCAUAUCCAGCCUCAAGCAAUAAUGCGCACGUGGUGGCUUCAUGUUUGCUACCUCAGUAUCAUAUGUACACCUGGGUUUUGGCUAUGGUGUGUCUGGCUUCGUUCCUCAAGUUAAACUAUAUGGUGAAAUCAGCCAUCUUAUUAGUCAUGGUUAUUGUCUAUACAAUUCUGAUGACGGUAGCAUUCCCAGCAGUCUUCAAUGAAAUUCAGGGAGACUGUGGACUGUACGUGGUGGACAAGUGGUCGAUGCUUGUGCUCAUCUUCCUCUUCUUUUACGUUGUUGGCUACCAUUCGCGUUUGGUGGAGGUAACUUCACGUCUGGACUUCCUGUGGAAACAACAGGCGGCCAAAGAGCUGACUGACAUUUCAGAAACGCGAACUUACAAUACCCAAUUGCUCAAAAAUAUUUUACCCGAUCAUGUAGCAAAUUACUUUCUAUCAGCCGAGUCCAGCGAAAGGAGAACAGACGAAUUGUACUCUCAAGCUAAAGAUGGCGUUGGGGUAAUGUUUGCCAGUAUUCCCAAUUUCACCGAGUUUUAUUCCGAGGAUGUGAAUAAAGGAAUGGAAUGUAUUCGUUUGCUCAACGAAAUCAUAGUGGAUUUUGACGAGCUGCUCGACGAGAGUCGCUUUGCUUCAAUCGAAAAAAUUAAAACGAUUGGCUCGACGUACAUGGCCGUCUCUGGACUGAAUCCAGUCCAAAACACAACCACGACAGGAGAUGCAGAUGAAUACUUACAUCUAACGGCGCUGACAGAUUUCGCGCUGGCAAUGAAGGAUCGUCUCGACGAAGUCAAUCGUCAUUCUUUCAACAGUUUUCAACUUAGAGUCGGCAUAGGUGUUGGACAGGUAGUGGGCGGAGUCAUCGGCGCUCGCAAACCAGUGUUUGAUGUUUGGGGCAACACUGUCAACGAAGCUUCACGCAUGGACUCGACUGGUCAAAUGGGUCGAAUUCAAGUCACCCGCGACGUCUACCAGAUUUUAUCCGAGAGAGGUUAUCGAAUGCAACCGCGUGGCCUCGUCAAAGUCAAAGGCAAAGGCGAGAUGCAAACAUACCUCGUCAUAGGUAAGGAGAUGGGCUCUCCGAAAGGAGUCCAUCGGCAACCAUCCAACCGCAGUUCCUUGGCGGCCGUCGUGUACGGAAUGGUCCGCGCCAGAAGGCGCCAAACAACUGCCAAACAAGGAGUCCUUACGUCAGCAGCAGCGGUACAGCAGUUACACAGGACUUCGACUCGGCGAGCAGCUGCUACGUCAUCGUCGAGCGCGUCCGCUGCACAAGGAGCUCUUGAUCGUUUAAGAGCUUUCUCCAGUGUGCGUCGACAACCAACUAUGCGAGGUGCAACCAAUUCUUCUGGAAUGAAUCAGAUUAACGGUAGCAGAAAUACUUUUGAUGCAUCGACAACAAUUAAAACACUGCAACAAAAUGAAUGUUCACCUUCAAAAAUGCGCCAACCACAGCUAGGGCAAGACUCAGGUCUUCCAGUUCAAAACAGGCCAAUUGCUAUUUCAGCGCGCCAACCGCUACAGAUCUCUAGGUCAUACCAUGAUAUGCCAAAAUUCUAUACUGUACAAGAACAUGUAGACGACAAAGGUGACAUCGACGGAGAUUUCUCGUUCGACGAAGUGCAGGACACCGGUCGCCAUCCUCAAUAGUGUGAAAUAUAUACCUGUGCCUAUCUGUGCUAUAUCGAAUGAUUUAAACUUGUUUUGAUUCCUACAUUUAAACAAAGAAGUACAUACACGUCCGUUCACUUGAAUCCAUCUAAAUGUAUAUGUAUAUGUAAAACAGGAAAUGAAUUACAGUGCGAAAAGCCAUCAUCACAA